CAGGCAAGCUGGCAGUCGUGCCGAGCGCGCGGGAGAGACUCGACGCAAGCUUCGCGCCCACGCCGCGUCCGCGCCAACCCUAACCUAGACGAGCGUUCAGGACGAGUGUUUCCCCACCGGGCAGGGCGGGCAGGCCCUGACGGCCACCAGGCUGGCCACCAUGCUGUAGUGCACGCCACCCGCAGCUCACCCAGCCAACCGCCAUUUAUUUUUAAUUUUUUUUUUUCGUCGCGUCGGCGAUAAGUUUGCGGCAGUAGCCGCGCGGUGUUGCGCUGCCCGCGUUGUGAAGUGAAAAUUGACGAGUGAAGUGCCUCCUGGAUUUUUGGAUACGACGACUCAACCGGUGGCAGCCAUGCCGUGGUCGCCGCUGCCGCUGGUCGCCUGCGUCGUGAGCGUGGCGGCGCUGGCGCUGGCCGCCCCCAACACCACCAACACCACCACCAUCAACAACAUCCACGACAGCGGCAAAGCUGGUGUCACGGACCAUCCCCAAAUACUUCCCGACCGGACGUGCCGCGACGCCAUGUUCGCGUGCAAGAACGGCCGCUGCAUCCCGGACUCGUGGAAGUGCGAGGGCCAGGACGACUGCGGCGACGGCUCGGACGAGGACGCGCUGCUCUGCAAAGGAGUCGCCAAGGUCCACAAGUGCAGCGACACGGACUUCCGGUGUGCCGACGGGCCCUGCAUCAUGGGCCACUGGCAGUGCGACGGCGAGCAGGACUGCACGGACGGCUCCGACGAGGACCCCGCCAUCUGCGGGCUCAAGACGUGCACGCAGGAGCAGUUCACCUGCCGGUCCGGCGACGGCGAGUGCGUGCCGCUCACGUGGAUGUGCGACAGCCACGACGACUGCAGCGACGGCUCGGACGAGAAGGCGUGCAACGAGACGUGCCGCUCCGAGGAGUUCACGUGCGGCAACGGGCGCUGCGUGCAGAGCCGCUGGGUGUGCGACGGCGACGACGACUGCGGCGACGACUCCGACGAGGCCCAGUGCGCCCCCAGGACCUGCCCGGACAACCAGUUCACCUGCGCGUCCAAGUCCUGCGUGCUGGCGCGGUGGCGCUGCGACGGCGACCUGGACUGCCCCGACGGCUCCGACGAGAAGGGAUGCCCGGCCGUGUCCACGAAGAACCCGCUGGUGUGCACCGACCGCGAGUACAUGUGCAAGGACCAGUUCACGUGCAUCCAGAAGGCGUGGGUGUGCGACGGCGACACGGAGUGCCCCGACGGCGACGACGAGGCGCCCGAGCGCUGCCUCAACGUGAGCUGCCGCGCCGACCACUUCCAGUGCAAGAACCACGAGUGCAUCCCCGGCCACCUGCAGUGCUCGGGGGUUCCCGAAUGCAGCGACGGCAGCGACGAGUUGAACUGCCGCUCUGCUCCCAACCGGUGUGACCCCAAAACCCAGUUCGACUGCGGGGAAGGAAUGUGCGUGAAUCAGAGUGUGGUUUGCGACAAGAAGCCAGACUGCCCUGCCUGGGAAGACGAGCCCAAGGCCCUCUGCAACAUCAACGAGUGCGCGACCAAAAACGGGGGCUGCUCGCACAUUUGUGUCGACAUGCCCGCAGGGUAUUACUGCGACUGCCCACAUGGGUACCAACUGAAAGGCAACUCCACUUGUGAAGACGUUAAUGAAUGUGAAAAGCCUGGCGUCUGCUCCCAGAUCUGUAUUAAUGAGAAGGGGAAGUUCAAGUGCGAGUGUGUGCAUGGCUACCUGAGGGACCCCAGAGACCUGACAAGGUGCAAGGCAGCUGAGGGUCAUGCCUCUCUGCUCUUCACUCGGCGACAUGACAUCCGGAAGGUUUCUCUCGAUCAUCGUGACAUCACAGCAAUUGUAAACGACACCAAGUAUGCAACGGCCUUGGACUUUGUUUUCCGCACUGGUAUGAUCUUCUGGAGCGAUGUCAGUGACAAGAAGAUUUAUAAAGCCCCUAUUGACGAAGGCAGUCAGAGGACGGUGGUAAUAAAAGAUGAUGUGACUUUGUCUGAUGGCCUGGCUGUCGACUGGAUUUACAACCAUAUUUACUGGACAGACAGCUCUAAAGGCACUAUUGAACUUGCCAACUUCGAAGGAAACAUGAGGAAAACUGUUAUCCAAGACCACAUGGAGAAGCCUCGCUCCAUGGCAGUUAACCCACUCGAGGGUUGGCUGUACUGGUCGGACUGGGGUGCUGUGCCAAAGAUUGAACGAGCUGGGAUGGACGGAUCCCAUCGACAAGUCAUCGUUGAGCAUGAUAUUAAGUGGCCUAACGGCUUGACUUUGGAUAUUGUGGGAAAGAGACUGUUUUGGGUUGAUGCGAAAUUGCAGACCAUAUCAUCCUGCAACUUUGAUGGAUCUCAUCGAAGAGUUGUUCUUUUCUCAGACGACUACUUGUCACACCCCUUCUCCAUUACAACAUUUGAAGACUUUGUCUACUGGACCGAUUGGACCAAGCAUGCGGUAUUCCGUGCAAAUAAAUUUAAUGGCAGUAGUGUUGAAGCCAUCACUGCAAUCCAUACUAUGCAAAAUCCCAUGGUUGUCCAUGUGUACCACCCCUAUAGACAACCAGAUGGAGAAAAUUUCUGCACUGCAGUCAAUGGUCACUGCUCACACCUUUGCUUACCGUCACCGCUUAUAAACUCCAAGUCACCUCGAAUAUCAUGUGCAUGCCCUGAUGGGCUAUCACUUCUUCCGGAUGGCCUUAUGUGUGUGGAAGCUAGUACAGAAACUUCUCAAAAGACACCAGCAGAAGAAACAGAUAGCCUAAUGGUUGCUUUGAUUGUUAUUGCAGUCAUUCUUGUAAUAUUGGGUUUGGCUGGCCUGAUAAUUUUCAUCAUUUACCGGCACUACAUGCACCGAAACAUAACUAGCAUGAACUUUGACAAUCCUGUGUAUCGUAAAACUACUGAAGACCAAUUUGCUUUGGAAAAGAAUCAGUUCCAGCCUACGCGAGUCUACCCAGCCACCAUCGCUGAGGAGGCAGCCUUCACUAUAAAUUCAUUGUAUCCAUGUUAUGGAUUGUUACAUGGCUGUCGAGAUGAGCAAGGCUUAAAUGAUUCGGCUCAGGAGCCACUUACAAGCCCUGGCAGCAAUGAAUACGUAUGAAGCACCUCUCUUCAUUAUUUUGUUAUUUUUCAACUGAGUGGUGCAGGAGUGGGUAAACAUUACUGAGGUGCAAAGAUAUGUGAGGAAAGGUGCUGACCUCUGAAGAAUGUGACUCUGUACCAUGCCUCGAUGGAACAUGGACUAAGGGCUACAAAUCUUUUGGGAAGGUGCUUUUUCAAAUCCACUCUGAGAUUGAUUAAUAUUCCCGCCUCAGCAUUAAAUAUUUAUCUGAAUUGGCAGAUUGAUGUUGCCAAAUGAGUGUAGGGAGACUGCGUGUGAUAUCUUCUUAGGAUAAAUGUCUUGGGAUAAUUUAAAUUUUAUUGUAUCUUCAGCUCAAUUCAUUUUACUGAGUGAUAGUUCUUAUAUUUAUUAUGUGGUGCAUGUCAGUGUGAAUGUUUCUCUUGGUUGGUCUGAAUGUGAAGAGUUUGAGUUAAGCAUACUAGAGUCAUAUACUGUUUUAUAUUCCUUAGUUUUGAGGACACAGUGGAAAGAAUGACCUAUUUUUUAUUUCUGGUGGUUUAUCGUUUCCUCAUUUGGUAUGGGUUGUGUGUGCGUGAGUAUGUGUGUGUGUGUGUGAGUGUUUGUCUGAUUGAAUGUAAAUUUGUAUGUGUGGCAAAGAUAGAAAACAGUUGUUCUUUGAAAUUUCCAAGAGAUCGGCAGGACCAGAUUGAGAUGGUAAAUGAUACAGACCCAGGGUGGACAAACCUGUGGUUAUGCUAGUCUGAAUGCUGAAAACAUUCCAGCAAGUUAUGUACAGUUUAUUUAUUUCAAUGAAUAUUUGUGAGCAUUUGUGCCAAAAGUAUGGUCUCACAAAUGUGAUAGAAUGUUGUAUACUGAAUUCACCUUUCUCAUCUCAAUUGAGCACUGCUAUAUUGAGUCGACAAAGUAGUUUUGUUGUUGUUAUAAUUUGUAAGAAAUAACAUUGUUCAAUCAUACAUGCAUGGAUGAAGCAUAAUUUUCUUUUACAGCUAUUCUUUCCCUAUUGGAGUUUUGGAAUCCUAAUAAUUCUAUCUCAAGUUCAGUAAUUGACCAAGUACCAAAAUGCGCUUUGUGAACACUUCAUGAUUUGAACCAAAAUGCAUAAUAUGCUCUUUCCUUAGCUAGAUGCUGCUCAAAAGUUCCGUUAAUCAAUUCCAGCAGUUGGAUCCAUAGUGACCUUAAUGAACGCAAUUACAAUUUAAUUAAUUGCACCGAUGACUGUUAUUACAUUCUACAGUUGAAUGUAACUGCUUUCAUGAGUUUAUGGUAACUCAGAAUUUCUGGCAGCUUGAGACAUUACUUUGGUGUCCUAGGCAGGCAAAGUUGCCAUUCAUUCAUACAUUUUCGUAUGAUGCAAUGUAUCUAAUUUACCCACAGUGCUUUAUUUCAAUUUUACAUCAACUCAUUAAAAUCGUUUGAAUAAAUUCCUGGUUGUAACAGGAGUAUCAAUGUGCCACCAUCUUUUUAAAUUCGUGUCUUGCAUUUAUUCAAGUCUACUGUGCAAUGUAUUGUCUUCUAGUGCUUAAAGACUCAAACUUUCUAGUUUAUGGUCCGUCCUUAUCUAUAUGAUUUUUUUAGACAUAGAGUACUAUGCUGGAAAAUGUGUGGCUAUAAGUGGUUGUCAUGAAGUUUUUGACGACUCUGUGUCAAGGUUGUACAUUUUAGAAGUUUUAAUUGAAACCUUUUACUAUACGACUGCACUGCAUUGCCAAUUGUAGGGUGAAAGCUUUUAUCAUGCAGCAUUGCAAAAGUGGCUUUUGGAAUUUAUUGUUAUUAUUUUUAUUCGCACAUCAUCUAAAUUUUUGUCUCAAAAUCGUCUUUGUGUAUAUGUCUCAAGUGAGUUGAAGAGAGAAAAUUUCAUAGAAUCAUUCAGAAAUAGAAUUUGGUGUGAGAAACCAAAUUCUAGCACUAGUUUGAAUUUUUUGUUUGUCAUUCUGGUUGCUUGUCUGUAAAGUGUAAAAUAUUUUGUGUAAGUAUAGCUUAAUCUAAUUCAAGUGUACAUUUUGAACUCCAUUUUUCAGUUUUUAUCUUAUUUAAAGUCAUGUGUAAAUAUUUAUGUCGUCUUUAUGUGUUCAUGUCUCAUCAACUUAGAAGAGAACUGCUUUCUCAUACAUUUAGUUCUUAAGUAAUGAUUUUUUGUUCAAUUGUGUUUGUUUUUCUGUUCUCUAUGUUUUUUAUUACUGUUUGUUAGAAUCUGAAAUGAUUGUGAAUCUAGGUGAAUGUGUCUUUAUCCAUUGGCACUUCUUUCUAUCAAAAACAAUAUCAGCACAAGGGAUGAAAGAAACUGUGUUCUAAGUGUAUGUUGAUGAGCUAAGUUAAGGUAAGUAGGAUGAAGAUAUGAUAAUAAUUAAUACGAGAGUAAGUCUCGUGCAGUGAUAUUAGGCAAUUGAUGUAAGCCUUUAUCAUCAUGUAUCCUUUCCAUAUUUCUUUCAAAAUUCAUCUGAAUGCAAAAACAAUGCCACAUUAAUGACUUCUGUUUAAUGAGAUCCAUGUUCAGAUUGAUGGUGGUUGAGUGCAUCUUGAUUUAUUUGUUUAUUACAUGUGGUUACCAAACUUUUUAAUUUCAGUGGAGGCUCUUUGGAAAUUCUUACUUUUGUAUGUAGAAAACGCCCUUGGUGCAUAAUGAUGAUAAGGCAUGCAUGUUUGUUUAGUCAAACGGAUUUUUUUCAAAAUCCAAGAUAUUGUGAAACAGCUUUUAGAAAGCAUUUUACCUAUUUAAAUGAUAGUUGUCAAUCAAUUUUACAAACCAUGAAUGAUUAAAGUUCCAAUUACUUCUUGCUAUCAAUAAGUCAAUCCUGGCCCUUGUUGAAUACUCUUGUUAACCGAAUUUGUUCUAUUCAAGCUGGUGACUUAAAAAUUCAUUUAAUGAAUUGUUUUUUGUCUGUUUUUUUUUUUUUUUGUGACGUUGGUUUAGUUUCUGACUUGCUUUUCAUGUCUAGAAUUCUAUGUCAGUCAAUGGAAAUAUUUUCUCAAAAUAAUAAUGCUUUAGCCAA